AUGUUCUACAUUUCAAUAGUAGUAGUCCUUAUUUUCAUUGUUGUAGUCCUAAAAUUUCUAACCAAACCAUCUCCUAAAUCCCUGAAAUCGCGACAUGUAGUGAUAACAGGAGGCUCAAGUGGUAUAGGAAAAGCUGUAGCAGUGUUGGCGGCUCGAAAAGGGGCCAACGUUACGAUAAUCGCUAGAAAUAUCGAAAAACUAGAAGCAGCCAAAAAAGAAAUUGAAUCACAGACUGCAAAUCAAAUAGUAACCACUAUUUCUGUAGAUGUUUCUGAUAAAGAGGCAAUUGAAGAAAAAAUUUUGGAAAUUGAGAAAAGCGUUGGACCUGUUUUUAUGUUGGUGAACUGUGCUGGCUUGGCUAUAUGUGGAAAACUUGAGGAAAUGACUAAAAAAGACAUUAACCAACUCAUAAAUGUUAAUUUAUUAGGCACAAUUUAUCCUAUUCAAGCCUUAUUGCCAAGAUUCAAAGAGCGUCAAGAGGGAAUUGUAGUACUAACAGGCUCAGUUGUCUCACUAAUGGGCCUGUUUGGUUAUUCUAUUUACUCGUCAUGCAAAUUUGCUUUAAGAGGCUUAGCAGAGUCUUUGUAUCAAGAACUUAAGCUUUAUAAUGUAAGUGUGACACUCGCUUUACCUCCAGACACAGACACUCCUGGGUUUGAGACUGAGAACAAAUCAAAACCUAAAGAAACGAAAUUAUUAUCAGAAUCUGGAGGACUGUUGGCUCCAGAAGCUGUAGCACAAAAACUUAUGGAUGAUGCCUUGAGAGGACAUUUUUUUAGCCAUGUUGGAUUGGAAGGAUUUAUUGUGACUACCUUAUGUAUAGGAAUGAGCCCCUUUUGCUCCUUAGUUGAUGUAGCCAUAGAAGCAACUUUAUUGGGGCCUUUAAGAUUGAUAGCUGCUUUUUAUGUUAAACAUUUUGAGGGGAUUAUUUUUAAAUGUUCCAUGGAGAAAAAGAAUAACCAAAAAAAAGAAGAGUAG